AUGGGGAGAAGGUGGGGGAGGGCACUGGGGGGGACCAGGGAGGGCCGCGGGGAGGGGACGGGACCCAGGAGGGCGGUGGGGAGGGGCCGGGCGGCCGCGUGGUGCUGCAGGCUCCAGAGAGGAGCCGGAGCCAAAGCCGGAGCUGGAGCAGGGCUCGCGGUGCUGCGCUGCCUCCAUCCUCUGACACCCUGCUUCCAGCCGCCGUGGGCCAGCAGAAGGCGAGCUCCCACGGAGGACUGGACCAGGGUUCUGAUCAAGCAAGAAAGGAGAAAACAAAAGGAAUAUUUUGAAAAGAAAAAGCUAAGGUCAAAAAUGAAGUUGCUGGGAGUUUCAUCUCCUGUGGUAAAUGCCACGGCCAGUUUAGACCUUCUUAACUUAUACAUGGUAAAUCAGAUAUCUUGCAAGAAGAAAAUACCUGAAACUAUGAGGAAACCAGUCCAUGUGAAUAUGAACAGAGAUAUCAAAAUGCCUGUAAGAAAGCAGCAUUUAGAACUUCCAGUGUCGCCUCCCUGCACACCAUCUAACAUCUGCAUCGAUGAUAUAGAGAACAAUAUAUGCUCUCAGAGAUUGGGCAGCAAGAAAGAACAUCGCCCGGUUCAGUCCUUUAAUGUUAAUUAUCCUCAUUCAUCGGCUCCCAAAUUAAAUGAAAAUCAAGAUGCUCUCAGGCCACCCUAUCCAGCAUCAGCACAAUUUGGAACAUUCUUCAAACGGCUGAACAGUCCAGGAAGUAGGAGGUUCCAUCCAGGGAGAUCUGCUGGAGUUAUGGGUGAAGACAGAGGAAGCCUGGGUGAGAAAGGACAGUCUGUCUUCCCUGCGGGAAACCAACCAGCCAGCUGUAUCUGGGGAGAAAAUAGGAACACAGUUUCAGAUUUCCUUGAAGAUGUGAACCAGCCAACCCCCAGUUUUCUGUCAGAGAACUGUGAUUCUUUGACCCCUUCAAACCUGAUCGAUUUGUUAAACAUAGAUCAGCAGAGAAUGGAGAAAGCCUUCAGCAGGUCUGGCCAUGGUGGCCUGGGAGGUCCCUGUUUAGUCACAGCUGGCAGCAUUCUUACUGGCCCAGUGUCUGCUUCCUGCACUUCUGCUUGUAGUAAAACGUGUGCAACAUGGUGUCUGCCAAGCAAGAACUAUCAGACAGAGUUCAUCAGUAAUGAUGGGAGUCAUUUCAGUGUACCAUUUGAAGAGGGCUUUCGGCCAGUCAGUUCUGAAAUAAAAGGAAAACCUAAAAAUGACUCCCAAGAGAAUGCAACCCAGAAAGGAGUUCAGAAAUGCACAGUGGACCAUAGCAGGAGUGUUGCUGCAGAUGAACCGCACCCCACGCUGCCUUGGCACUUUGCACUCAGAGAGGUUGUGAUGGGAGGAGCAGGAGCAUGUGUUGCAGAGGACGGGCCAGCAUCUCAGAAAAUCUUUCAGGAUAACUAUCUUGCUUCUUCACAGAAUAGUCAGUCCACCAGUUAUUCUCCAAGACCAACAGAAAGCUGUUUCAGUUCUAGUUCAGAUGUGCCAUCCGAAGAUGAAGACCUCAUGUUGCAGCAAGUGGAAGGUCCUAGUGGGAGAUCCACAUCAGCCACAGCCAUGGCCACACCUGGCAGUACUGGCAUAGAAGAUGUGACCAGAUGCUUACCUGCUGGGGCUGCUGAGAGCAGCCAUGGAGCUGGUGGGGAGAGUGCAGAUCCGAGGCUCUCAGUGGAAACAGUCUCUGGGGAUCCUGAAUGGUCUCAGAGCAGGCCAGUGCAUGUCUCGCAGAACAGAAGCAACUCUGGCCCUGUCCCAGCCACCAGGAGUGAAGCAGGGGUGCAGACGGAGAGCCAGCCGGUAUGGGGGAAGCGGGAUGCCAUGGUGCAGUGUGUUCUGCCCUGCCUGUGCCCCUGUGCAGGUGGCAGGAGCCACACGGGGGCCAACUCCCCUGGGUGGCCUGGCACCCUGACAAAUGGCUGUGCUCUCGGGCCUCAGGCCCAGACUGUAUGUCCACCUGGUGGCCAAGGCCCUGUCAGCCCAGCAGAGGAUGGGAAAGAGUAGCUUACAUGGGGUGGGGGGCCUCCUAGCUCAGUGCUGCAGAGCAUCUCACUCACACGAGCGGUCUAACACACACAGACAUGCUCUAGCAGCUGUAGUCUCUGCAGGGUUUCAGAAGAUGAUGCAUGUGUCCUGAUGUUGUAUUCCUCAGGAUGAUGACACUCUGUUGAACUGCUUCAUUCUUUGUUAUACUUCUGUCAAAAUUCAGUGCAGUUGCAUUGCGUCUUUUAGGGAAAAAAAAUGGUCUUAGACUUUAAUACAAAAUAAUAAAUGUUUUUACCUUACAUAUUUUGUAGCUACUUACCUUAAAUAUUCCUCCCACUUAAAGAUUCUCAUCUUUUUAUAUACAUGUAUUUUUGAGCAAUGCUUUUUGGUGGUGCUUUUAUCAAAGAGAGAUUUCUUUUGCUUCAAGCUUAAAAUGCCUCAGUGCUUUUAUAAAAGUAGUUCAACAUUAGAAAAGUAAUAUAUUCACUAUUGCCAAGAUUUUAAAAACUGCAUUGAGAUUUCUUAUCUAUAGAAUACAGGCUUUGUUUCCAACAUAACACAAAUGUGUGUGGGUUGGGGGUUCCGUAUUCUAAAGGGGAUAUCUGGGUGCCUGCAUUGCAGGAAUGUUCUUCUACUAAAAGUAGCCCAGAAGGACACUUGCCAGGAGACUCUGUUCCUCUUAGAGAGAAAGAGGUUGGCUGUAUACCUCAUUUUCACAUGCACUGUGGUGUAUUGUCUGUAUUGUAGAGGUGCCAUGAAGGGGAUGGGUGAGAAGAGGUGACAGCUGGCACUUAAGCAGUAGCAAGCACUGGGCAUUGAGUUUGGGUGGGAAAGGCUUUUGCUUAUUUCAUUUAUUGGUUUUGUCACCAGAUCUGUACCCCAAGGGAGGGGAGACUACACAGCAGUGCAGCUUCCUCCCAGGACUACCAUGCUGCCACAUGCUGCCCAGAGCUGGAGCCUGGGCCAGCAGAUUAUAUGCAAGUCCAAGAUUGGCCCUCCCCAGCUGCCCUCCCCCUGCAGUGAGGUCCCAAGGAGGUGUGCUCAGGGACAGUAAUGUUCCAAGUGGAGCAUGGCUUUUACACAGGAUCCUUGUCACCUGGAUCAGGUGGUGCUGUGGCCACCCAGCUCCCUGCUGGGAAUAAAGGUGGCUUCCCCGGACCCCACCCCCACCCCCACCCCCACUCUGCGGGGACUGACUCUAGCUGCUAUAAGGAGGUAGGUGUCCCUGGGAAUUGAGUGCUGAUUGAUCCAGUGCCAGGUGGGGUUUCUCCUGGCAAAGCCUUGUGGUGAGAAACAGGGGUAGCUGUUGGUAUGCUUCUGGAUUCUGCUUGUGAAGCCUUCUGUUUUUAUCAUCACAUUGGGUUCGCUUGUGUUGCUUGCUAUGUGUUGUGUUUGCACGUCCACUGUUGGCUGGGCACCCCCCUGCCUCCGGGAUAUUGGUUUGGUCUCCCCCCCCCCCACCUCUGGGACAUUUGGUUUAGACAUUGCUGGUUCGCACUUCUUCCUUCUCCCCGCCCCCUAUCGUACUUAUUUCCUUUAUUCCUGACUCUUUGGCUGGAGGAGCGAGAUGCAGGACAGAAUUGUGUUGU